CCGGGAUGCGGCGGCUGCUGCUGAGGGCGGCGCGGGCCGGGGUCCCGCUGCUGCUGCGGGGGCGUCCCGCUCACCCAGGCAAAGCCCGGCCGAGCCACAGCGAGCCGCGGGGCCGGGAUGGACGCGGCCAGGAGGAGGAGGAGGAGGAGAUGGGAGGGUGGCAGCAGCUGUACCCCGGGCACAUCCCCACCAGCCCGCUGCAGAAGGCGCUGCUGGCCGCCGGCUCCGCGGUCAUGGCGCUCUAUGACCCCUACAGACACGACAUGGUGGCAGUGCUUGGGGAGACCACGGGCUGCCUGGCCCUGCCAAACCUGCGAGACAAGAUGAAAAACCACCCUGAAGGUUACCGCAUCCUCCAGGAACGGCCUCGCAUCCGUCUGUCCACCCUGGACAUGGCCAGGCUGCAGGGGCUGCCGGAGGGCUCGCUGGGCCGGGAGUAUGUCCGGUUCCUGGAGGACAACAAAGUUUCUCCAGACACGCGGAUGCCGGCCAAGUUUGUGGAUGAUGAGGAGCUGGCGUACGUGAUCCAGCGGUACCGGGAAGUGCACGACCUGAUGCACACCCUCCUGGGCAUGCCAACCAACAUGCUGGGUGAGGUGGUGGUGAAGUGGUUUGAAGCCAUCCAGACGGGGCUGCCCAUGUGUGUCCUGGGAGCAGCGUUCGGCCCUGCCCGCCUCAGCUCACGAAAGCUGCAGGUCCUGGCCACCGAGCUGGUCCCCUGGGCGAUUCGGAGCGGGCUCAACUCCAGCUGUGUCCUGAACGUGUACUACGAGCAGCGCUGGGAGCAGCCGGUGGAGUCCCUGCGGGCGGAGCUCGGCAUCCUCCCUCCCCCGGCCGUCCGGGUGUGAGAGCUCCUGUGGGACGGCCUGGGGGAUCCCUGCUGGCAGCUCCAAACCCUCCUGCCCUGCCCGCAGCACAGCGUGGUGGCUGCAGCUCUUCCACCAGGGGCCCGAGGGCUGUGUUUCCUCCUGCCAAGAGCUGGCUCCAGCCUGUUGGUAGAGGCCAGCUGGCAUCUCCCUGGGCUGUGGCAAAAACUCGACCUGUUUGUGAUUUUGGCUGAGGGAUGUCAAGGUCAGAUGUGCCUUUGCCAGCUGGUCUGGCUGCUCAGCUCUCCCAGCAGCAGCGUUCCAGUACUGAUGCUCCCAAGUGCUGGGAUGGGGAGGGAGCACACUGCAGCAAAUGGAUGCCUUGGCCUUCUGCAGCCCCAGGGCUGUGCAGGUAAAUCCUUCCUCC